AUGAAGAGAGGUCUUGAAAAUGAAGAGAGUGUGAUACUCGAGUCCAUGGACAUUACAAAAUGUCUGAUGUUUAUGUUUCAAGGCCUAGAAACCAAGCCAAAACCAGACCAUUCUGUCGACGACAAUGUUUUCGAGUGUAAAACUUGCCGUCGUCGAUUCUUGUCGUUCCAAGCAUUGGGAGGGCAUAGGUCGAGCCAUAAGAAGCCCAGAUUGACAAGGGAUAAUGAAGAAUCAGCAAAUGGAUCAAAGGCAAAGAUCCACGAGUGUGCAAUAUGCGGUAAAGGGUUCGCAAUGGGGCAAGCUUUGGGAGGCCAUAUGAGGAAGCAUAGAGCUUCCAUUAAUGAAACUUGGAAGCCUGCAUUUCCUUCAAAUCUGCCCGUGUAUUGCAGAUCGAAUGGCGAAAGUUUGGAUUUGGACUUGAAUUUGACUCCUUUGGAUAAUGGUUUGCGAGCAAUUUUUGGGAAAAUGGCUCCCAAAUUUGAUCUUAGCUUUUGA